AUGGCCUAUAAGCCCGACUCACCUUCAAUAGUUGGCAUGAAUUCUCCAACAAGGAAUUCCCGUGAUGACUUGAAUAUGGUGGAGCAAGCAAAGGAAACUGUUAAGCGAAUAAUGCUUGCCAAAAAGGUUCCAAAGCUUCAGUCACCUUCAAACUAUCAGAAGGUGAUCAGUUUACUGGUUGGCACCUACAUAUUCAUAUUUAUGGGUUGUGGAUCGGCUCUUGUUGAUAGGAUAACUCCGCUGACAAUUGUUGGUAUAGGACUCAUCUGGGGUCUGGUCAUAAUGGCUCUAAUAUAUGCACUUGGGCACGUCUCAGGUGCCCACUUCAACCCUGCAGUCACCAUUGCUUUCGGUGCAGCUUCUAGACUUCCUUUGGUGCAGGUGGCUAUCUAUGUCGUCUCCCAGUUGAUUGGUUCGACGCUUGCAUGCCUAACCUUGAGGGUGUUAUUCCAUGGCCAACAUGAUAUACUUCCUACUCAUACUCAGUACAGAAGUUCAACCAGUGAUCUUGAAUCAAUAGCAUGGGAAUUCAUUAUCACUUUCAUUCUAAUGUUCAUCAUCUGUGGAGCAGCAACCGAUGAUCGCUCAAACAAGGCAUUAUCUGGAGUGGCAACCGGAGUUACCAUGUUGUUUAAUGUUAUCAUAGCCGGACCCAUCACUGGAGCAUCAAUGAAUCCUGGAAGAAGCAUUGGUCCUGCAAUAGCAUCUGGUGUCAAUAAAAAACUUUGGGUCUUCAUUGUGGCACCCAUCCUUGGAGCCCUGGCUGCAAUGCUAGCAUACAGUCUCCUUCGCAUGCCAGAGCCAAAAUCAGAAAAGGAAGAGAGCACCGAUGUCGGCCAUAAUGAUUUCUACGUACAUCCUGAUGUGUGA